AUGGGGAACGCCAAGAGCAGUGCUAUUUCCAAGGAGAUCCUGGAGGACCUGAAGCUCAACACCAAGUUCACGGAGAACGAGUUGUGCCAGUGGUACGAGAACUUCCAGAAGCAGUGUCCCACCGGACGCAUCUCGCCAGAGGAGUUCGAGACGAUCUACGCGCGCUUCUUCCCCGAUAGCGAAGCCAAGACCUACGCUCAGCAUGUGUUCCGUUCAUUCGACACCAACGAGGACGGCACUCUGGACUUCAAGGAAUACAUCAUUGCACUGCACAUGACCUCCAGUGGGAAGACGACGAGGAAGCUGGAGUGGGCAUUCUCACUGUUCGACGUGGACAAGAACGGAUACAUCACCAAGACAGAAGUGGAAGUCAUCUGCCAGGCCAUCUUUAAGCUAAUCCCCAAGGAAGAUCUGCCCAAGUUACCAGCCGACGAGAAUACACCAGAGAAGAGAGCCAACAAACUGUGGGGAUACUUUGAGAAACCAGACAACGACCGGUUGGCAGAGGGAGAGUUCAUCAAGGGGGUGACCGAGAACGAAAACGCCAUGCGUCUCAUCCACUACGAACCCAUCACUGACUAGUCAUCCCUUCUUCUUCCCCUCUUUCUCCUUCACACACUAUUUCUCCCUCUCCUCCUCUUUGUCAUUGUAUUCUAGUGUUCUGUCUUUCUCUUCUGUGUAAAUACUCUUGUAUGGCGGUGUCUUAAUUGUCUUCACUGUACCUUCUGAGAAAGUAGGGGUUUAUGUUGGUUAAAGUAUAAAGUAUGAGUAUGUCUGUUAAAGUAAAAGUAUUUUAAAGUAUGUCUGUCUGUGCAUGUAUGCCUAUUGGAUUGAGGCUGUUUUAUGAAGGUAGGUGUGAUAAAUAUGAAGGUAGAUGGCCACUAUUGUAAUUCGUGUUUGAUGCAAUAUAAACACGACAGAAACAUUGAGGCACAAGUAUAUUUAUUUGUUUGUAUAUUGAUACAACAUCCCUGCUAAAUGCUGUUUUCCUAUCAGAUUGAAGUUUUUGAUGAUUGUGAAAAAGUAAUGGUGAUCUAGUGUUUU